AUGACGACCCUCAUCUUUCUUGCUCUCCUGGGAGUCGCUGUUGCCUUCCCCACUGACGAUGAUGACAAGAUUGUCGGGGGCUACACCUGUGCAGCGCAUUCUGUCCCCUACCAGGUGACCCUGAACUCUGGCUACCACUUCUGCGGGGGUUCCCUCAUCAAUAGUCAGUGGGUGGUGUCCGCAGCUCACUGCUACAAGUCCCGAAUGCAGGUGGGUCUGGGAGCACACAACAUUGAAGUCCUUGACGGCAAUGAGCAAUUCGUCAAAGCAGCCAAGAUCAUCGUCCAUCCCGAUUACAGCAAAAAAACCUUCAGUAACGACAUCAUGCUGAUUAAACUGAACAAACCUGCCACUCUCAAUGCUCAAGUAGCCGCUGUCCCUCUGCCAAGAUCUUGUGCACGUGCUGGUACCGAGUGUCUCAUCUCUGGCUGGGGCAACACCAAGAGCAGUGGCUCCAGCUUCCCUGAGUUCCUGCAGUGUCUGAAAGCUCCCAUCCUGUCUGACAGCGCUUGCCGCAGUGCCUAUCCCGGCCAGAUCACCAGCAGCAUGAUGUGCCUGGGCUUCCUGGAGGGCGGAAAGGACUCUUGCCAGGGUGACUCUGGUGGCCCUGUGGUCUGCAAAGGACAGCUCCAGGGCAUUGUCUCCUGGGGCUAUGGCUGCGCUCAGAAAGGCAAACCUGGUGUCUACACCAAGGUCUGCAACUUCGUGAGGUGGAUUGAGAAGACCAUCGCUGCCAACUAA